UCUUUGGAAUUUAAGCUUGUGUUUCCAGAAGUUGCGAGAUGCAGGUGUGAUUGUUAAAUUAGUACUAAAGUCUGAGUGAAGUCAGUAGUUUAGCGAAAAUAAUUUUUGAAGGAGUUUCGUUGUUUGCUGUACAGACUGUGAUAUAGAUUGUGUCACCAUCUAAUUCUUAAUUUUCGAGGACCCUCUCAGCGUCUACCGGUCACUCGAAAUGGCUAAGUGGGGUGAAGGUGAUCCCCGAUGGAUUGUUGAAGAACGACCAGAUGCAACAAAUGUCAACAACUGGCAUUGGACAGAAAAGAAUGCCUGCCAGUGGUCUGUUGAUAAACUCAAAGAAUUGUUGACAGGUCUGAAAAUUGAAAAUGCACUUGCUAAAUGUUGUAUAACAGAGGUGGAGAAAUGUGAGGGAGAAGCAGUAGCAAACAACAGAAAAGGGAAAUUAAUAUUUUUUUAUGAAUGGGAAUUGAAGCUAAAAUGGAAAGGUUGUCUUCUUGAUUCAAAGAACACAGAAAUAGAAGGCACGGCAGAAAUUCCUAAUUUGAGCGAAGAGUAUGAUGCAUCAGAAGUUGAUGUAGACUUCAGUGUAAAAACUCACAGUGUGGAGGCUGACAGGCUGAAAGAAAUUAUCGCCAAAGAUGCAAGGGAUGUUAUUCGAAGUCAGUUGGCAAAAUAUAUAAAAGCAUUAAGGGAAGAAUUUGCUAAGGGCAUGAUACUGCCAAAGAAAGAGGAUGAGCAAGCAACAAAACAAGACAGCCUUGCUAGCUUAACUGCUGGUUUCAAAAGCAAGGUUCAAAUGGACAGUCCAAGCAAAGAAGGGUCAUCAAAGAAACUGAGCACAACUACUUUGACAAUGUCUGUGAAGCUCCAGUGCAGGAAGGAAGAAGUUUACAAUGCUCUCACAAGUAUUGAGCUAGUACAGGCUUUCACCAAUGGUCCUGUUGUGAUGGAAGUGAAACCUGGUGGAAAAUUCGAGCUCUUUGGUGGAAACAUACAUGGAGAAUUUUUGGAGUUGGUUCCUAAUGCUAAGAUCUGUCAGAAAUGGAGGUUCAAGGGAUGGCCCGAUGGUCAUUUCUCAAACGUCACAAUGGACAUAGAGGAGCUAUCGGACUGUACGGAGGUGAAACUGGUACAGAAGGAUGUGCCAGAAAGUGAAAUGGAUACUACUAAAGAAAACUGGAAUCGGUACUACUGGGAUGCUAUGAGGAAAACAUUUGGAUUUGGAGCAUUCUUCGUGUGACUGGUGGAUAUUAAUCACAAAGUUUGCAGGAGGAACUGACCAUUCAUGCAUUCUUUUUUUAUUAUUAUUUAAUCUUUAGAGACUCAUCAGUUGUGUGUUAAAUCUUGUGAGCAAUAAUAAAUGGUACCCUGUUGUGUUGCGCUACAAUUUAUAUGAAACUAUUGCGAGUGUGUUAAGUUAUUGUUGCUUGAGGACAUUAUUAGUAUUUGUAUUUGGACUGGUUGGCUUGUAGGUUGCAGCCUUCUACGAGAAGAAAACAAAUGUUUGCAGAACGUACUGUUGUGUGUUUAAUUGUACUAUACGACAUUCAUCAUAAGAAUAAACCUCAUGUAAACAAUAUACUAUGUAUUCUUCCACAUUUGCUGGAACUUCAUUGGAUUUCGUUUCACGUGGAAUUGAAGCCAAGCUGUCUUAAAGUACAGUCGAGUACAAUAAUGAGGAUACAUUAUAUGCUGCAUGUUACGCAUACAUCGGCUCGGUGAUAGUACGCGACAACAGCUUUACUGGCACAUUUAACAUGGACAGCACUGCCCAGCCACCUGGUCUAACCAACCUGCAGUGAUGUGGACAGUUGCAGUAAAGAUGUAAAAAGAGAUGAGCAGAUAACAAUGUAGCUUUGUAUGUCAUUUAAUUUUAAAACAGAAGGAAAUAAUGACUACGAAGUCUUUCGCGACGGAGUCCUUGCAUAAAAAGUUCUCGGUUUACUUGCCGCAUCAAAUUUGGAUAAAAUCUCAAGCGCGCAAACAAAAUCUAUGGAUAUAGGGGCCGCCACCUCAGUACGCAUCGGUUUCACCGUGACGUCAUCCAGCCAAUGAGAAGCCAUCCACUGCUUAUAAAAGCGGAAGCCUCACCGGUCCACGACAGUCAGUUUUACCCGUGACGAAGAUGACGGAGGUAGUCAUCGAAAGCUUGGGAUUUUAUCCAAAUUUGACGCGGCAAGUAAACCGAGAACUUUUUAUGCAGAAGGAAAUAAUGGUAAAACUCGAGCAAUACGCAUCUUAGGUGAUCUGAUGCUCACGAUCUUAGCAAACAUAGUAUUGUAAUUAAAAACAAGAGUGAUGAAAAUUCCUUACUUUAACAAGGGUAAUUUUUCUCCUUGAGCUAUGUGUGGUGUAAAAGCGUUGUGCUGGGAGUUAACGAUGUAGUUAAAUAUUGAAGCCACUGAAGAUAUUACUGUCAGUUGCCUGAUAAUCUUAAACUCCCUCCAUAUCGAACUCCAAGGAAUACAGUACUGCUACAUUGAUGAUCAGGUGAUCAGCAACAGAAUCUCAGGCCACCAAAAAGUCCCCAUGUCCUCCUACUCCUCUUCUAUGACGUUCUGUUCUGCAUUUCGCCAUCAUUUGGCAGCAACGUGUCAGGUAGCUUCGUGAAUUAAUUCUAGUACGUUUGGCAGCUUAAAUACCUUAUUUUUCGCAACAAAUCCGUUAACUGAACUCCAGAUCAAUUCUAUUUAGUCCAGAUUGCAGUGUUAAGGUGACAACCGUUAAAAUGCAGCAUUUGUACAGUGUGGUAGUUGAUAUGAAAAUUGCUGUUUUCCAUGUUUCAAUGAUGCUUAUCACUCUGGCUUGUGAGAGACCACAUCUGUCCUACAAAACAAUGGGCAUAUUCAAACAAAGAAUAUCGGAUGUUUCAUUUUUCUCCAAAAAAAUUGAUUUUUUUUCUUUUCUUAACUUCAACAAUAUUUAAAAAUCUUUCAUAAAAUAUCGAUAAUUAAGAUUGUGCAUUUGCAAUGAAAACCAGAAUUUUGCAUGUGCUAUGUAAUUAGUAGGGACCAGAAAAUGUAGCACCUACGUUUUGCAAAAUUCGCGUAUAUUUUUGUCAAGAUUUGCAACUGUUUUCUUUAUUUGUAAAUGAUUAGAGGCACAAAUUUAAAAGGCUGUUGUGCUACAUGAAUGAAGACAAAUAAAUUAUUAGUUCUUUAAUACUACUAUUGAAAAAGGUGCUGAUUGGGAACUUUUUGACUGGAAUGUCUGUUUUUGCAAAAACUUACACCUUUUUCUUCUGAAAUGACCUUUGCUUUCUUCGUUUGGGUGUAUUUAAGCUUUCAAAACUGGCUGUUCUGUUGAAAAGCAGCACCAUUUUCCCACCAGUUACGUGAGUGCAUCUCCGAGAUAAGUUGUUUCAGGACCUUAUUUGUCUUUUCCUGCCCAAUUUGAAGAUCGAAAAAUCUGCAGAUUGCUAAUUUUGACCUUUUAUGGGCUUUCGUAGUCCUGCUUGACAAUCACUAGCUAGAACUGGCAAACGCUUAGCUUAGAAAUAGAACUGAAAGAACAGCAACUUGAUUUUAGCAUUAGGGGAAGAAUUCCAGUGCCAUCAAAAAAUGUUAUAGAUUUUGUUUCCCAGUCGCUAUAGUGCAGUGGGCAGGAGUUAUAGGCUAUAGUCGCAGAUGGCCGCGAGUGUAAACGGAACAGAAUGUUUCUCACCAAAUGAGGAGUGCUGGUGCAGGGAAACAAGCCCCGCCUCCAUUUCACUGGGCAGCAGCCUCCAACAGAACUGGUACAUUGUCACAGGGAUGGCCCAAUCUCUUCUGGUGUUGUUAAGGUUGUAAUUGGAAGACUUGAUGGACCAUGAUUAGUCACCUAUUUCAAAAGAAGAAAAGAAAACGAUGAGCAACACUCAACACAAAGCAUUUGGGGGCGGCUAUCGUGCAAUGGAUUGUUGAAGUGAGCAGAGUAUUGUUAACAAUGUAGUUCAGGCCCAAUCUCUAGCGGUAUUAGAUGCAACUACAGUUAAAAACAUCCGCCACCUAAUUUGCCACGUUAAAACUGUCCGCAUUAUACUAUCUUUCGAGCUAUAGGUAACAAAUGUAUACGUUUCUUUCUUGUAAAAUGCUAGGUCCCAUUACUGAGUGCUACAUUGCAUUACGUGACAUGCCUUAAACAGACCAUUCAACCGCCCACAACUGGCAUGCCAUCAGAUCAUUGAGCGCAUUGAUACAUCAUUGAGUUCAUACACUUCAUUUUGCAAGUACGUUCUUGCGCUCAUUACCUUCCCAAAUUGGGCUUUGCCAGAUGAUUUAAAAUGCCAGUAACUGCUUACAUUGCCUGUAUUACACGCAGAAAAUAAAACUAUUUCAAACUAUCUCUGAUAAAUAGCUCAUGUGGUUUCAUUUCACUAUGAAACAAUCGAUUACAUAAUUUUGUUUUUUCACAUUUUGAGGCAGAGUUCACAUCUAUUUUGCAUUUAUCGUAAAAUGCAAAUUUUUCUGGUCCUUAGUAAUUAGAAAAUAAAAGACGUGCAUUUUUCUUGGAAAAAAUGAUGGUUAAGGAUGAGUUAAUUACCCUAUAUUUGAUGAAUUCCAUAUUUAAAUGAUUUAGGUAUUCAAACUGAAAAAAAAGUUGUAGACCACAACAGGUUUUGAUCUGCUGCCAGCUAUGACGCUAUUGAAUACACCACACAUAAAUUAAAUUACUCUCCCUUAUAUUUAUUACAUAGUGUUUCACAAAAAAAGUCAGAUGGAUUUUCUCUGUAACCUUGCGAAAAACAUUAAGAGCUACUAGUUUCUAGCCAUUAACGAUGUUCCAUACACAUUUCACUAUGAAGCAAGAAGCAAUGUAACCCAUUUCCACGGUACAUACGAACGACGAUACAACCAGAGCACAAGUAGUGCUUGCAGAGACUGUGACUGUACCUGAUUUUUGAAGUAAAAAUUGCAUAGCUAAAGUGCAAUUCAGUAAAAACAUCGAUGGCUGUUAAUACAUCAGAAUGUCUUAGUUUCUUUUACAGUGGCAUAGUAAUAAAAUUUCUAAUACACAAGUUGGACCUACUUCGAAGAGCGAACAAUGCCAGUGUAAGAGAGCUACGGCUGCUGACAAAUUGUCGCAUUUGUGUCUGUUUACAUCAGAUUUAUUCUUAUGAUGAAUGAAGUAUAAAUUAUUUCUGUUGUGUAAUGUUAUGUUUGCUGCCUUGCCGCUGGUGAUAACGUUCCAUUUGCAAGUACUUAAGUCAGUAAAAUGUUUGUAAGUGAUAAGAUGUUCCUCAAACACUAUACAGUGUAUAUUGUUUUGCCACAAUAUCUACAGUAGUUUUGUAUUAAUGUCUGAAAGUAUCUUCCAUGACCUAGCCAAUGAUGCUAACUUGAAGGAAUUUCCUUAAGAUGUAAAAAUGAUCAUGGGCAAAGGAAUGCAAACAUUGAACGUGUCACAAAUUGUACAAAACUUGAAAACCUGUAAUAAUACCUGUAAGGUAAUUUAAUACAGAUACAUGCAGUAAAUGAAAUAAACUGCUUGUUGAUUUGUAAAUGAUACAGGGUGUUGAUUUAUGAUGAAGAUCUAAAACAUCAGUCAUCCAAAAUGUGAAAGUUUUGAAAGCCAGAACAUACAUGUUCAAUUAUGUUUUAGAUAUUGACACAUUGCUCUCCCACCCCCUUCUCGUUUAUUACUGAAUGUGGUAUUAAAAUUCUUUGUUUAUGCCUUUUCUGUAGAAUUUAGGGUAGUAAAAUAUCGAAUUUAAAAUUAAA